AUGCAGUUCUUCGCCACCAUCUCUCUCCUCGCCGCCGCGGCCGUUUCCUCCGUAUCCGCCGCCCCUACUGCCAACCAGUACUCUGAGGUUAUGGGCAAGGUCACCUUCUCUCUGGAUCGCCAGUGCCCCAUCGACCAGAUCAAGUUCCCGGCCAUUGAGUUCCCCGCCGGCUCCGAGAGCAACCACUGCCGCACCUUUUACGCCGGCGCCGUCUACCAGUCCAUCGACCUCGAGUUCUUCGACCCUAAGUGCCAGCUUACCGUCUACAACUCGUACAACUGCUCCGACAGCGGCAUCGUCAGCGGCACUGGUGGCUGCUGGAGCCCCGAGGGUGGCAUCAAGGCCUACAAGGUCACCUGCCCCUGGAAGUACUAA